CAGUCCAAGCCAUCUUUCGACCGGAAGUUUACGUAAGUGCUCGUUCUUCGCGUUCUUCGCUUGUUCGUUGUGGCUUUGUGCCGGUCGCCGCAACAAAUAAAGAGUAUAUCACAUUCAUAAAACUUCUCUGCAUUGUGCGCUAUGUUGAACAACACCGUUAGCAUCAAAGACCGCGAAACGCUGUAUAGGCUCAUCAUUAGCCAACUCUUCUACGAUGGGCACCAGACGCUCGCCGUCAGCCUCUCCAACAUGGUCAAAGCUCAUCCAGCUUGUCCGCCGUCUGACCGACUGCUCAACAUCGUCAGUGCCGGGCUACGCACUGAGCAGGAAACCAAAGGAAUCAAGUUUUCAGCGCUGGACCAGCCUUACACAGGACCAGGAAUCGAUCUGGAGUAUGAAACUGAAGCUCCAUCCUUGGCACCAGAACCAGCACUGUACGAAACCUGUUACGUGACGUCGCACAAGGCGCAGUGCAGAGCCGGGACGUUCAGUCGUGACGGUCAGCUGGUUGCAACUGGUUCUGCUGAUGCCUCUAUAAAGAUCUUGGACGUGGACCGCAUGCUGGCCAAGAGUGCCAUGCCUCCGGAGGUAGCUGCACAAGAGUCGGCUCAGCAAAACAUGGAGACCCACCCGGUCAUUCGUACCCUGUACGACCACAUUGAGGAGGUUACCUGCCUCGAGUUUCAUCCAAGAGAACAGAUCCUCGUUUCCGGCAGCAGAGACUACACAGUCAAGUUCUUCGACUACUCCAAGCCCUCUGUCAAGCGUGCCUUCAAGACAAUUCAUGAAGCUGAGAUGGUUCGCACCCUGGCAUUCCACCCCUCGGGCGACUUCAUUCUUGUGGGAACCCAGCACCCAACAUUGCGACUGUACGACGUCAACACAACCCAGUGCUUCGUUUCUUCGGUGCCGUCGGACCAACACAAGGGCCCCAUAACUACGGUCCGCUACAACAACUCGGGCAAGCUCUAUGUGUCAUCGUCCAAGGACGGAGACAUGAAGCUGUGGGACGGAGUAAGCAACAAAUGCAUCUGCACGUUCCCCCAGGCGCACGAUGGGAACGAAGUCUGCUCAGUCUACUUCUCCCACAACGGCAAGUAUGUGCUGUCCAGUGGCAAGGACUCCAUUGUGAAGCUGUGGGAGCUGUCCAUGUCCCGGUGCCUGAUUGCCUACACUGGGGCAGGAGCCACAGGCAAGCAGGUCCACCGUGCCCAGGGCAUCUUCAACCACUCGGAAGACUAUGUCCUCUUCCCGGACGAAAAAACUACGAGCCUGUGCAGCUGGGAUUCCAGGAAUGCGGAACGCCAGAGACUGCUGUCACUCGGCCACAACAACACGGUGCGACACUUGGUCCACUCCCCAACGGGCCCGGCCUUCCUGACCUGCAGCGACGAUUUCAGGGCACGCUUCUGGUACCGCAGGGUCGAGGCGGUCGACUAGGUUCGUCGUCACCACUUCGGUUGCAUCCCUUUACUUCCAGACUGCACUUGCACCACCAGUCGCAUUCAUUGUACCGUCUUCAUGGAUUUAAUAAACUGUGUUCCAGGAAUGGGCAAAA